GGGGGUUCCUUUAUGUUCCUUUCACUUUUUCCCCUUGCUCAGUGCAGCACUUGGUCAUGGAUGAGGAUCCUGAGGAUCCUUGGAGCCUUGUGCGCCUAGCGCUGGGCUCCUUGGCCGGCGAGUCCUGGCGACUGAAGCAGGCCUUCCGCGAGAUGUCCAAAGCUUGGAGACUCCGCACCCCACGGAGCACGUGGUGGAAGGAGUACCAACAAACUCAGACCUUCGACCAGUUUAAGUGUGCAGUGCCAUUCCGACCCAACACAGUGUCCUCGAUUCAGGUAGCCAUCGUUGGGGACGAAGAGCUUGUUGCUCGACAAAUGAGCCUGGAACAGAUUCUGAAGCACGUUGAGGUCUUCAUGGGCUUCAAAGUCAUUCAGCGAGGAGGUUUAGAGAAUCCAAUGCCGCGGAUGCGCUUGAGCGCUGCUGGGCAGCGCACUUCGGUUGAUGGAGUGCCUCAAAUUGGAGCGCAUUAUGUGCUGGCCUUUUUGCAAGGCUUUGUUGAUCCGCGUGCGGCGUGUACUUUGGCAAUUACCCCUGUGGACCUGUACCCACCGCAGCACUAUGACUACGUCACUGGCAUGACUGACCCUGGAGAUCGACUGGGGCUUUACUCCAGCGCGAGGUAUUUUGCCUCUCACCACGAGGAUGGGAGUUCAGACACGGGCACUUUGGAGCUAGGCGUCUCCACAUCCACUGCGAUGGUGCGAAGCCGACGCCUGGAACUCUCAAAGGCUUUUGCCAAGCUGCUUUGUCGGGAAAGCCUCAAGCUUUGUGGAGCGCAAGAAUGCAGCUUGCUGUACUGCCUCAUGAAUCCUCUUCCUGAGACAGAUGGACACGUGCCAGAGGCCAUUGCCCAGCUUCCCUUCUCGCUGUGCUGCAUUUGCCUGCGGAAAUUGCAGUGGCUCUCACAGGUGGACUUGCUUGACCGCUACUCUCGCAUCCCACCGAUCAUAAACAGCUGGUUCUUCGAGGAGACACAGUGGCUGUGGGAACGCAUGGUCCAGGUUGGAAUGCCGACUGCCGUUUGCUUGAGCACCCCGGAUCCCACAGGCUUGAAGUUCAAAUUUGGGGUGCCAAAGAGAGGUCAGAAGCAGGAUCGUGAAGAUGCAGCAACUUGAGUUGAUUUUUGCUGAUGGCCGCGUGUAACACCGUGUGAUCCUGCGCGCUGGGAUUGCAAAGCCAAUCCUGUUUCGUUUGUUGCUUCGUAGAUGCCUCCCUGUGUUGGAGGCAUGGCACACUAUCCCUGGCAAAGCAAGGCAUA